AAAAGAUUAACCAAUAAGAUGGGAAGCAAAGCUGUUGUCUCAGUCUACUUAAUUAUUUCACUGUGUGCUGCCAUCUUUGUCACUCGUGGAGUAGCUCAAAUGCAAAAUCCUCAGGCGAUUCCAGGACUUUUUCCACCUGGCUUAGUACCUAUUGAUCUCGUCAAAUGUUGGUCGUCUCUCUUUACCGUCCAAGGAUGUGUCCUGGCAAUCUCCAACUCUUUUUUUUCUGGAAAAUUUGAAAACGUUGAAGCGGCAUGCUGCAAGGUGUUUUCAACUUUAGAUGCAAACUGUUGGCCUCAUAUGUUUCCUUUGAAUCCUUUCUUCCCUCCUCUCCUCAAGGACAAUUGUGCGCGUAUCACCCCUAACUCCCCUGCACACAACUGAAAGGAACAAUGAUUGUUCGUCUACAGUUUUAGACUAGUAUAUUAGCUUCAAUGUCUAAGUUUUUCAUGUGUGAACUCAAUUAUUAGGAGAGCCCUAUAUUUACCUUUUCCUCAAUAAAGUGAAAUUUUAGCAAUAUCUACAACUCUUGUCAAUGUGUUUUGGUCACAUUAUACUUCUAUAAUUACAAAUACAUCACUAAAAAUGGGUUUGUUAUCUAUCUUCAGUUGGCUAUGUAAAAUAUUAUAUCGGAAAUUAAAACUCACAAAAACACGACUCGAACAAAGAUUGAAACAUCAAACAAAGUGCAUUCAGAUAAAUUGACGCAAAAGGGAUUCAGAAGACUCAAAACGUCGAAAAAUAUGUCUUAAUCGGCCUUUCUCGUCAGUUUAUGCA